AUGGACGCGGUCGCGCCGCACAUCACCUCCGUGCUGAGGACGUACCAGGCCAGCGCGCCGCGCAGCCUGCAGGGCCCGGGCGCGGGCGGGGCGCGCCCGGCCGCCGCGCCGCCGCCGCCGCCGCCGCGCGCGCCGCCGCCGCUGCUGCUGGCCGCCGACCCCGUGCUGGGCGAGCGCGGCGAGACGGUGCUCGAGGGCGAGCCCGUGUCCUGCUUCAGCGUGGGCGGCGAGCGCCGGCUGUGCCUGCCUCAGAUUCUCACGUCGGUGCUGACCGACUUCAGCCUCGAGCAGAUCAACCGCGUGUGCGACGAACUGCAGAUCUACUGCUCGCGCUGCACGCCCGAACAGCUCCACGAGCUGAAGACGACGGGUGUGCUGCCGCGCUCGGCGCCGUCGUGCGGGCUCAUCACGCAGACGGACGCGGAGCGGCUGUGCGCGGCGCUGCUGCACGCGCCGGCGACGGCGGCUCGCAAGCUGCCCGGGUUCCGCGUGUACCACGAGUGUUUCGGGGGCGCGCGCGGCGUGUGCGCGCCGGAGCUGGGGCUAGUGCAGUGCGCGGAGUGCCGCGGGGUGUACGGGCCGCGCCGGUUCGUGUGCCACUCGCACGGCACGGAGCACCGCACGUGCCACUGGGGGUUCGACUCAUCGCGCUGGCGCCGCUUCCUGCUGGUGGCGGACGAGGAGCGCGACCGCGAGCGCUGCGCGGCGCUGCUGGACGAGCUGGCGGCGCGGGAGGCGCGCGAGGCCCGCCCGCCGCCGCCGGCGCCGCUCAAACAACAAAUACCACUCAAAAGAAAACAGGUACGUCUUUUUGUUAUGUCUAGUGAUCUUAAAUCUCAAUAA